AUGGACAGCCUUCCGCAAGAGCUGGUGGAGCGCAUUUGCGGCCUCUUGACCCGCAACGACCUGAAGAAUACGCUCACUCUUUCGCGAAGCUUUCAGUAUGCUUCAGAGCGAGCAUCUGGAGCUUACACAACGUUCGACUUGAACUCAGAAAACACACAAGACUUCAAACAGCUAUAUGCCGGCCGGCGGUGGGCGUACCUUCGACAUGUACGAUACCAGACGCACAUUCCAGCCUACGACGCAGAAACCGAGGACGACGAAUAUUACCAGAAGCAUCAUUGCCGUGAAUCAUCGCAGGAGCUUCAAAAAAAGGACGAGCAAUUCACUGAGCAGAUAAAGGACCUUUUUGACACCCUCAAACUUCUGGAAGGCAACGCAUCCGAAGGGAAACUGCAGGUCACCAUUUACGCACCAGUUCGGGAGGUCCGUGAGGCUAGUCCCCAUCGCAAGUGUAUAAGCUGGCGCCUUCACUUACUUUCUCCCGAAUCGCUUCCAAGUCUCGGCUCGGUACGAGCAUUGCGCAUCGAGGACCCCAGAAUCAUAUUCCCCUUGGAUGACGACAAGUCACUGCUUAAGAUUGACCUGCGGGUUAUUGUGGAUUUGGCUGUGAAAUUCCCUCAUUUGGAAUAUCUGGGCUGCAAACUCUUUGCUGGUAGCGGAUGGACGCCUUAUUACAACUCGGAAGCGCCUCGAACGUAUAGCCGCGAAUGGCCAGGCCCCCUACGUGAUACGCGCCUCGACUUUGCAAAAGCCAUUGAGGAUGCCAAUCUGCCUGCAACGCUGCGUGAGGCGCAACUUGACUUCCUUUGGCCCAUGACGUCGGCCGAGCGAAUUGACCAUGAUGAGAGGAUACCGAAUCUUGUAGGCUCGAAUGCGUAUGACCCAUUCAGCAACAGCUUGAGGUCUCUUUCGCAUCGCUUACGAAGGCUGGAGCUGAAGGCGGUUGCUGAUGCAAGUUUAUUCUGGCCCUCUAAUGGUUCCGCAUCUUACCCGAACCUGGAAAGCGUCUGUAUUGUGUUCCACAUGUCAACUCCAGCCGGACGUUGGUAUUUUGAUGGUCCUGAGGAUCUUGGCCAUGACAUUGAAGGAACUGAAGUUAACGAAAGAUCCUACCCUCCUCUGGAGGACACCGCAGACGAUAAGGCUCUCGAUGAAGAAGUCGAGGAUGACGGGCUGGACAUUGAAGUAGUCAACAGCAAACAGUUCCGCGUCCGACCGAACGACGAUGUCUUAACUCCAUUCCUGACCGCCUUCGCAAAAGCUGCCGCUGAGAUGCCUAAGUUGAAAGAAGCCUGCUUAUGGUGCCCACUCAGAUGGCAGGCGGGUGACAGCUAUGGAAACAGCGACGAGCUUGGAAAAGACAUCUCAAAAUGGCCCGAUCGACCUUUGGCUUGGGGUAUCACAUAUAUUGCACCAAAGACCUUCGGUUUUCACUUCGAAGGCCAGCACUUUUCGCAGUCGCGACAGCUAUUCUGGACUACUGGGCCGUGGCGGCCAAGUAAUGAACUUCACGAUCUCUUUGGUCGCAUCGGCGACCAGAAUGCGGAGCUUUUAGAGUAUUGGGGACUGGAAAACUACGGCAAAGAUAAGUUGGCUUUACGAGACGUCUUCGAUCAAUUUCAAAUCUACGGACGGCGGCACCCAGGUUGUGCAUGGCCUAUCGAUAAGUCAUUCAUUGUGCACAAGACACUGCAAUGA